AUGGCACCCAAAGGCCCUUACAAGCUGGUGACAGUCAACACCGCCCCGGAGCGCGCAAAGCGACUGAUUGGCCGCGUGGUCGAAGACCUCAAGGAUCAAUAUACGAUUCAACAUAUGGCGAAUUGUGAAACCAUCGAAGCAGUCGAACCCACCGUGAAGGAGAUCCAACCGGAUUUACUGUUCUGCGCAUCAAUGUGGACACCCGAAGAGAGCGCACGCAUCCAACAGAUCGCCAGAGACAACGUUCCAGGGAUCAAGACGCACGCGAUCCCACAAGGACUACAGGUCGAAAAGGGGCCGGAUGCAGUGGUCGAGUAUUUGAAGGAGCAAAUUCCAGGAAUUCUAGGCUAG